AUGUCCGGAGGCAUCUACCGACUCAAAUGUCAUGUAGUCGGUAGGUCAGGCAAUGUGAGGGCUUGUCAUAAGGCCAGUAAGGAGGCAAUAAAGGCAUGUAUUGAGGCAAUAAACGCAUGUAUUGAGGCACUAGAUGGUAAGAAGAAGAAAAAGAUAGAGAAGCAAAUUGAAGAGUCCGAACUUAGAAAUGAAGUUUCGAUAUCCGGUGGUGCUACAGAGAUGGAUGAGGAUAUGGAAGUCAUGGUAUCAAGGAGGAGAAGAUGUUAUCAAGGGCCUAUGGGUAGAUUUGUGGAGAUUAAUUCACGAGCAAACACUGAUUCUACAAAGUUUACGAAACAAGCUAGUUUGGUUGCCUUGAUGGACAAGAAGAAGUUUGGUCCAGGACUACCUAUGCCGAGUCGGUAUCGCUUGGGUGGUCCAUGUUUGAAAGCGGAGGUUGUGAGAGUUAAGAACUCCCUAAAGAAGCAUGAAGAUGAGUAUGCCAUAUCCAGUUGUUCCAUUAUCACUGAUGCUUGGACUGACCGUAAAAGAAUGAGCAUUAUGAACUUGUGUGUUCAUUGUAGGGAAGGGAUCUCUUUCAUUUCCUCAAGGGAGGAUUCCGAUGCAUCCCAUACGGGAACAUACAUAUUUGACUAUGUUGACAAAUGCAUUGAAGAUGUAGGGCAGGAAAAGGUGGUGCAAGUUGUGACGGAUAACGCUUCUAAUAACAUGGCAGCUGCAAGUUUGAUGGAAAAGAAGCGACCCAAUUUAUUUUGGACUUUUUGUGCCGCACAUACGGUGAAUCUUAUGGUUGAGACAAUUGGUAAGCUUCCAAGGUUCAAGAGUGUAAUUGAUAAGGCAAGGGCCUUAACCAUAUUCAUAUAUGCUCAUCACUCAACCCUAAGCAUGAUGAGAAAGAUGACGAAGAAGCGUGAUAUAGUACGGUCGGGUGUGACACGCUUUGCUACUAAUUACCUUUGUUUGCAAAGCUGGGUGGAGAAAAAGGAGCAACUAAGACUUAUGUUUGCUUCAGAAGAAUGGGCCAGAAAUUCACAUUCUAAGAGUGCGAAGGGAAAAGUGGCAUAUGCAACCGUUGUUAGCAUCUCCUUUUGGAAGUCCGUGAACUCUUGUUUGCUUGUUUUUCGACCAUUGGUAAAAGUACUUCGACUUGUUGAUAGUGACAGACCAUCUAUGCCAUGGUUGUAUGGAAAACUUAAAGCGGCGAUAAGAGAGAUCAAGGAAGACGUAUGUAGUGGACUUGAAAAGAAUUAUAAACUGAUAAUUGACAUAAUUGAGAGUAAAUCCAAAGGAAGACUUGAUUCCUCUUUGCACUUGGUGGGUUACUUGCUUAAUACGUACUACUUUGCAAAGAAUAGGGUGGAUAUAGGAGAUGAUGCAACUAUAAUGGAAGCAUUUCUCGAUUGUUUGGAGAAGUUCUUCCCCGAUGAUUUCACCACUCAAGGGAUAGUGUCUGAUGAUGAAUUGAUCAAGUAUAAGAAAUUGGAGGGAAUGUUUGGAAGAAAGCAAGCCAUUUUUGCUUAUGAAAGUAAAAGUGUCAGUGAGUUCAAUCCCGUUGGGUGGUGGAGUAACUAUGGUGGUAGUACACCAAACUUGAAGAAGAUGACAAUUAGGAUUCUCUCAUUGACCACAAGUUCAUCGGGUUGUGAGAGGAAUUGGAUUACAUACGAAGGGGUGCACACUAAAAGGAGGAAUAGAAUUGACUCGGAACGAUUGAACAACUUGGUGUAUGUUCAAUUCAAUUCAAUGCAAAACUUGUCUACAAGAAGCAAAGAUAAAGCUCAACAUUGGUUGGUUGAUGGUGUUGAUGAUGAGAGUGAUAUUGAUCCCUUGACCGGAGCAACAUGGGAGGUACUUGAUCAAGCGGUGGGAGAUGAUGAAAUGCUUCAACCUAGAAGAAGCACUAGGAAUGUAAGAGAAAUUGAUGAGAAAGAGUUUGUGUCGGAGGAGUCGUCCAAAGAAGAUGAUGGAUAUGACUUUGAGUCUGAUGAAAAAAGAGAUGUGCCUCUAGUGGAGGAAUAA